AUGGGAAAUACCAAAGUAUCCUAUUAUGAGGUUUCUCUUACACCCACCCAGGGGCCGAAAGCUUGCUGUUUCAAUUGUGGCUCGGUAGAACAUCAGAUGAAGGACUGUCCAAAGCCCCGAGAUCUUGUUCAUAUUAGUAUGAAGAGGAAAGAAUUUAUGGAUCUCUGCGCAGAAGCUGGUAACCAGAACUAUCAACAACGCUACCAUGCUGAAGAAGUAGAUGAGAGAUUUUCAGGGUUCAAGCCUGGGGUUAUAAGCUCAGAGCUUCAAGAGGCACUUGGAAUAUCGGAUAAGCAUCUUCCUCCAUUUAUAUAUCGAAUGCGCCAACUUGGCUACCCUCCAGGAUGGCUGAAAGAUGCUUCACUGGAGAACUCUGGGCUCUCUCUUUAUGAUGGAAAAGAUACAAGUGAUGGAGAGAUUGAAGAAGAUCCUGCGGCACAAAGCAAGUCUUUAUCUUAUGAUGUAUCCAAAUUAAUCAGCUUUCCUGGUUUUAAUACUCCUUCCCUGUCCGGAGUUGCAGAUGAUUGGAGGAGUUUUGGUUCGAUCCCAAUGCAGCAAUCACACCAGAAAGAUGUUUUUGCCCGCUAUCUGUCUCAUACCUUUCCAAAACCAAGCCACAAUACCAGCCAGAAGAGAUCUUUGUCUGCUUCAGAUUCAGAAAGUAAAAGACAGAAGACUUCCAGAAGCAAAGAGUCACCUUUGGAUAUGGAGAUGGAGUCAGAGCUAAUCUUAAGGCACAGGCGGCUGAUGGCAUGGAUGAAGACACCCUGA